CAACCCGGAAGUGAGAGGCUGUGUGAAAAGAGCGCCUGGUUUCAAGUGGAGACGUUACUUGACUGAGUGUCCUCGUUGCCACGGUGACCAUGAGUGACGUGAGUCCCUUGAGUCCCAUCGGGGGCAGCAGUAUUCAGGAGCAGAGAGACCGCUGGGAGAGGAAACGCGUCCGGACGGCCAAGGAGCUGGUGCAGACGGAGCAGCGGUACUGCCAGCAGCUGGAGCUGGUCACUACGGUCUUUGUGGACAUCCUGAAGGCCAAAGGAACCCUGAAGCAGGACAUCAGAGACGGCAUCUUCAGUUCAAUUAAAGACAUUCAUUCAGUCAACCAGUCUCUGCUGGUCCAUCUGGAGAACGGUUACUUCGGCCGGGGCCUGGAGCAGUUCUGUUCUCGUUUACAUCCCUACGAGAUGUAUGUGGACAACAUCUUUAACGCCAGAAAAGUGCUUGAGGUCCAGCUGAAGAAGAACAAAGCCUUCAGGCGCUUCAAGAAACUCCAAGAAGCCCGACCCGAGUUCAGAAACCAGGACCUGGAGGACCUGCUGCACCUGCCGGUGCAACGGAUCCAUCAGUAUGAGCAUUUCCUGCAGGACCUGGCAGCCAACACGAGUCCAGAUCACCCAGAGUUCACUCAGCUUUCAAAGGCCGUGACCGCCGUGAGCCAGCUCUCCCAGCGGAUCCAGGACAACGCCCGUCGCCAUGACAACCACCUGCAGCUGUGCCGCGUGCAGAAGCUGCUGAAAGGCCGCCGGAUGCGGGUGCAGGCUGCAGGGAGGUGGUUCAUCCGUGAGGGCUGGCUGAACGUCGUCCCUCAGAAAGGAGCGGCCACCAAACCCAGGAUGUUCUUCCUGUUCUCCGACAUGCUGCUGCAGGCCAAGCGCUGCAGCUCGCUGCACACCGGCAGUGGAGAGAGGUUUACGGGCCAACACGCCUUCCCCCUGCAGGACUGCAGCGUGGAGAAGGUGUUCGGCCACACCCGGAGCCAGGGAGGCCUGCUCAGCGUAACCUUCCCCAAGGCCAGACUUCUGCUGAUGUCCAGCAACCAGCAGGAUCUCAACGACUGGUGCCAGAGCCUGAGCUCAGCGAUCAGGGAGCUGCAGUCCAAACCCACGGAGGUCCACCAUGGAGGGAACCCGUCCCGCCGUCGUCCUCCGUCUCCUGUCCAACACUGCAGCAGCAGCAGCAGCAGCAGCAGUCCCAGCAGGGAGCCGGGGAGGAAGAGACCCGUGGCCAGCUCCGACCCCACUGAGCGCGCUCAGAGGCCGCCGGCGGACUGCAGCCCCCCCAAGAAGAUGAGGCAGGGUGGCGCACCGGAGCAGAGGUGGGGCUUCCUCAGCCGGUUACACCAGCACCGGGGGGAACUGUGGUAA